UUUCGGGGUGUUUGUUGUUUUCGUCCAAGCGACAAGCUGUUCUCGAGUCAACGUGAAGCGGCGCCUUCCGGUGAGCAUACGGUUGGUGUCAAGGCCAAAGAAACGAUCCCAGAUCAGUGUCUCGUUAGUGUCACGCCCCCCCCUCCCCCCUCCCCUCCGCAUUCCCGCUCAUCUCGCUGCUAGGUGAGCGCUGGCCUCGCGAUAGCCGCCUAUUGGAAUCAAAGCCCCGUUCGAGAAGUGGAUGCUGACAGGCGCGCCGCGCGGUGUAGUCGCUCGGUCAUCAUGCAAAGGUUAUUACGCUGGAUCCGCUCCAUCGAGCCUCCGAGGAAGCCGCUCCUCUACGACUGCAACAUAGGAGACGUUUAGCGAAAGUCAGCGACCGGGUUUCGGGGAAGACGAGAGCAGGUGUGACUCGAUGGAAGGCAGCUCGGCGUUUCCUCGACCGACCGUGUGCGGGCAGGCUCCUCUUGUCGGCAAAGUGGCUUGAUGAGUAUCCAAAGUAACAGUGGAAGUGGUGGUGGAAGUUUGGAGGCGACGCCAUCUUGGUCGCUGCUCUCCUCCUCCCCAACGAUUUCUCAACAACAUAUAACGGCGACCGCAAAGCUCAAGGAAGCCCCCAUGGAGGAGCUGCAUAGCUUGGACCCCCGGAGACAGGAGCUUCUCGAGGCCAGGUUCACGGGAGCUGUCAGUGGCAACACAGGAGGCAGCACUGGGAGCAUGAGUGGAGGUGCCAAGGGUCUCGCCAACGAGUCGUCCAACCACAGCUACGGAAGUCUGGGCUCAUCCAGCGACAAGGAGUCUGAGAAUUCUGAUAUGAAAAGAGGGAGCUCCCCCGCUUACUCAACCCCAGAGAAGAAGCACUCGGAAUCAUCCAGAGGGAGGAAAAGGAAAGCUGACACCUAUUCCGAGAGCAGUCAAGGGAAAUCUUCUACGCGCGGCCCCAAGAUCAGCGACUACUUCGAUUUCCAGGGUGGAAAUGGCUCGAGUCCGGUUCGAGGCCUGCCAUCAGCUCGCCGCUCUCCGCAGAACUCGCACUCGGCGCCUGGCUCAAUUGUCCGCCAGAACAGCUCCUCCCCCACCAGUUUGUGUUUUGGGGAACACAAUCCCAGAUCCAGUAAAUUUGUCCAGACGGAAUUGACAGGACUGAAACUUGCUGCCCUCGAGAGCAACAAGAGCCUGGACCUGGAGAAGAAAGAGGGACGAAUAGAUGAUCUUCUCAGGGCUAACUGUGACCUGCGGAGGCAGAUUGAUGAACAACAAAAGCUCCUGGAGAAAUACAAGGAGAGGCUCAACAAGUGUAUUACUAUGAGCAAGAAACUCCUCAUCGAGAAGAGCACCCAGGAGAAGCAGUCGUGCCGUGAGAAGAGCAUGCAGGACCGCCUGCGUCUCGGCCAUUUCACCACGGUGAGACACGGGGCGUCCUACACGGAGCAGUGGACCGACGGAUAUGCAUUCCAGAACCUGAUCAAGCAACAAGAAGGCAUCAACCAGCAGAGAGAGGACAUCGAGCGACAGCGCAAACUGCUCGCCAAGAGGAAGCCGCCCAACCCCGCGUCGCCCUCCCUCUCUGUGGCCUCGACCUCGGAACCCAAGCAGAGGAAAACCAAGGUGGUCAACGGCAACGAUUCCGACCCUUUCCUCAAGCCGUCGCUACCCCAGCUAUUGACCCUUGCCGAGUACCAUGAGCAGGAAGAGAUAUUUAAGCUUCGCCUUGGGCAUCUGAAGAAGGAGGAGGCUGAGAUACAAGCGGAGCUGGAGCGGUUGGAGCGCGUGAGGAACCUCCACAUCCGAGAGCUGAAGAGGAUCAACAACGAGGACAGCUCGGCCUUUAAAGACCAUCCCACACUGAACGAAAGGUACCUGUUGCUGCACUUGCUGGGCAGGGGCGGCUUCAGCGAAGUCUACAAGGCUUUUGACCUGUUUGAGCAGCGCUACGCCGCUGUUAAAAUCCACCAGCUCAACAAGAACUGGAGGGAGGAGAAAAAAGAGAACUACCACAAGCACGCGUGCAGAGAGUACCGGAUACACAAACAGCUGGACCAUCCCAGAAUAGUCAAACUCUAUGACUAUUUCUCCCUGGAUACGGACACGUUCUGUACAGUUCUGGAGUUCUGCGAAGGCAACGACCUGGACUUCUACCUGAAGCAAAACAAGCUGAUGUCCGAGAAGGAGGCCCGCUCCAUCGUCAUGCAGAUCGUCAGCGCGCUGCGCUACCUCAACGAGAUUAAACCGCCCAUCAUUCACUACGACCUCAAGCCCGGCAACAUCUUAUUAGUGGAUGGAACCGCAUGUGGCGAAAUCAAAAUCACAGACUUUGGCCUGUCAAAGAUUAUGGAUGACGACAACUACGGCGUCGACGGCAUGGACCUCACAUCUCAGGGAGCGGGCACCUACUGGUACCUCCCUCCGGAGUGUUUUGUGGUGGGCAAGGAGCCGCCAAAAAUUUCAAACAAGGUGGAUGUCUGGUCUGUGGGCGUGAUCUUCUUCCAGUGCCUCUAUGGGCGCAAGCCGUUUGGUCACAACCAGUCUCAGCAGGACAUCCUCCAGGAAAACACCAUCCUCAAAGCCACCGAGGUCCAGUUCCCCGCUAAACCGCAGGCCAGCACAGAGGCCAAGGCGUUCAUCCGCCGCUGUCUGGCCUACCGCAAGGAGGACAGGUUCGACGUGCACCAGCUGUGCUCCGAUUCCUACCUUCUCCCUCACAUGAGACGCUCCAACUCGUCCGGCUCGCUGCAGCCCGCCGCCUCGUCGCUCGCCACCUACUGACGGGCUCUCGUUUAGAUUGACGGCGCCACCUGGCCACUUCAUCGACGCCACCGGAUCAUCGCUUGUGGAGAUUUUCUUUUAAAAGCAGAGAACUUCCAGGAUGGAUGAGCAAAAGACACGAAUUCAAGGGAAAUCCUCGCAAAAAGAUGACACGGUCGGCUGUUGUGCUCUGGCUUUAACGGUGAAAGGGGGAAACAACUGGAGUGGAGCCACGUGCGGCGAGGAAGAAAAACAAGAGAAAGAAGAUCCCCAUCCCCCGCGGACUAUAUUCAAUAACCCUUUUUGACUUUUGAACAGCUUGCAGACGCCCCGUUUCGUUUAUGCCGCUCAAGAUGGCCGAGGGGAGCUUCAUCAGAAAGACUUUAGCCUCCCAGGACAAUGACUCGGAGAAGUUUGCCCAUCCGUUGACACAAAGGAUGAUGCGUCUCAUAGUUGGGCAGGGGGCAGGACGGGGAUGAUUAAUGAAAUCCAGAUAACAACAACAACAACAACAACAAAUCUGGUGUUGAUUUGCACUUCCCACUUCCCAUCCAGAUUGUGUUCUUCUGGUGCCGCAGGUUUGUUGAAGUACAACAAGUCCGCACAUUACAAGAGAAAUGUCAGAAUCCAUUGUUGCUGUCCGGGGAAAAUCAUGCGCCGGCCUGCGGUUACCUGGACACAACCGAGGGCCGGAGCUGCUGCUCACUGGGUUCUUUUCCCACUCGCAAGUACAUGACGAGGCUUUCCCUUGCUUCCCAUCGUCUCCCGUUGUUUUCCUUCAGGAAGCUCAACUUUUUGCUGCUACAAGUUAUCGCUCUUAGUUUCUAAUGCGCGAAUGGCUCCGGCCUCAAUUGAUGACGAGCUUGAAAUCGUUUUCCCCCUUUUGAUUGUUGUUUAGCUUCCAAGUCGGACAUGUUGCCAGCAGGAGAGGAAAUGGGGUGAUUGAUUCCCAUGAACGCAACUGGCUAUACGUUGGCGUAGCUCCAUCAGGGGUUACAGAUUUUCUUGUGGUCGACGCUCACGUGAAGAUAGUCAAGUAGACGGCGAUUAAUUAACCCUUUCAUGUAGCCUGAGAACACGAUAAGCUGUCCACUGUAGUAACAGCUGUCCUUGCAAAGGUUAAUGACGUCAUUACGAAUUUUCAGUUGUCAACUCGCUGCGUGCACAGCUGUUUGCUUUCAGGCUCCGAAUAAUACAAGCUUACUCCCCGUCGCCCGGUGUCCUCAUCCCAUCUCAAAUAGCACAACUGCAGGGUUGCCACUCGCUGCAGCAUGGCAUAAAAAGGAUGGAAUGCACAGAAAACACGAUUUUGUGUCAUAUGGAUUGUGGCUUGCAAUCUGUGAGGCAGUGAAAGGGCAUGAGUGCAAUUUGUGAAUGAAUGAGUAAGUCGUGGUGUGCCAUGUUUCCAAGUGGGUGUGGCAAAUGCUAGCUCAAUGUUUUGUUUUUGGAGGGGGGGGGGCUUGUUAUAUAUAGGUCUAGCUGUUUCAUAGCAAAAGGUUGACUAACAGCUCGUUCUCAUCUCAUUGACGGCAAAUAGCUUCAUUUUUGUUACACUUGAGGAUACGCUUGCCUAUUUUGUAUUUCCAUACUCUUGAGGCACCACUGAUAGUUACUGGGCAGACCGAGUGUCUGUUGCUUUUGGCGUGGUGUCCCUGUUCAAGCCAAAACUCGGGUGAUUAACAGACUUCAAGCUUUGUCAUUGCGGAAUGCUAAUGGACUUGUCAAUGAGUCUUUUCAACCCGUAUUGUGCUAACUUUAAUGUGUCAUUUUAAGUUGAAACAUCACUACUCGAAGCCACCAAGGCCCGAAAAAGAUUUUUUAAUGUAUGUUUGACUGAAGCAUUCCUUUGAGUGAAAGCAAUUCAAUCAAUGUCCUUGUCCCCCCCUUUGUAAAGUAUGCCCAUUUAGGAGGCGGGAGGAAGAAAUCGUGCAUCCCGCUUGUUCAGUUGGAAGCAUGACAUGCAUACCUUGUUUAAUGACAUUUAUCGUGUGGAUACAGACGUCAUGCGCAGCCAUUAGUAAGCAACAUGUCGGACCAUAUUUGCAGGAAGGGGUCAACGCUUGGCCAUGCCAUUCAAAUGCAAUAAAGAUUGCCUUCAAUGUCUA